GGUGUGAGACAUCAGUUUUGUUUCGAGCGCUUGGCAACGCACUAGGCUACUUCCGGCAACUCCGUGUGGAAUUACUUGGCGAACGUAGCAGUUGUGCGGCACAUACAAUAUAUAAUCUAAGGUUAAGGCUCUGAAGGAUAACAGAACGCAUUAAGAAGCAACAGCGAUGCGGUUAUUUGUGGCUUCGGUGCUCAGUUUGUUGGCUGUUAGCAGCGGCGCUUAUGCGGCCGCCGUCGCCGGUUAUCCUAAUCGUGCGGAAUUACACGCCUACAAUCCAGCGAGUGGCGAGUUUGCUGCAGUGAAUGCAUUAACACCGGACUACGCGCAAUAUAUCAAUCAACAGGCGGCGGCGCAACUAUUUGGUUAUGAAUCUCCAGAGCCGAUUCAAAGCAGAAGAAUCACUUAUGAAGAAUAUUUAAAUCAACUCGUCAAAGGUACACUCAAGGAUGAGACUGAGCAAAUCAAAAAGCGCGAUGAACACUUUCGUUUGUGGGCCGUACAGGUGUACGAUCAAUACAGAAAAGAAGUGGAUCGCCUAAAGGCGGCGGGUAAAGAGCCUUCCGUUGAUACGCUUGCGAAACUCAACGCCUUUGAGGUUGUGUUAACGUCGCCUAAGCAUGACAACAGCCAAGACACAUCAAUAAUAAAACAACUGCGUGAGGAGCAUUUACGCUUUUGGAAUGAGUCACGACGCAAGGCGUUGGAGGCUUUGCAGAAGGAAGAGGCACUAGCGAAGCCGACAACUCAGUUAACCGAUGCUAGUGAAGAGUUGACUAAAGAUGCGCCAACACAAGCUGCAUUCCUUAGCGAAACAGCAGAGCAGAAGAAGGAGGGAGAAGAGCACUUACUCAUUUACCAUUUGCGCGUCUUGCAGGAAAUGCUGAAGAAAGCCGAAUUCGUUAAUGAGGUACCCGUAACUAGUGAAAAUAACGCAGAAUUGCCUGUGCAAAAACCUCCCUACGCGGAAACACUGCAGCAAAGCUUGCCAUUAGCCAAUAACGAACAGUUAGCCGCUGCAAAAUCUGCGCCACAAACGGAAACUUCUCAAAGUCAGCCGCAAGCGCCAGUCGGCGUACAAGAAACGGCUGAAGUGCAGCGCGCACGUGAAGAGCAUCUCAAGCUGGUGAAAGAGGCAUAUUUGAAGGCGAGCCAAACGUCUCAAACCGCAAUUGAACCGAAACCCACGUUAUAUGAUGCGUCAGCUGAUAAAAUAACGGAGCCAUCCGCGGAUGAAGAGGCACGUUUACGUGCUGAGGAGGCGAAACAGCGUGAAGCGGAGCUUUUGGCGGAAACUGAACGCUUAAGAGAAGAGCAACGCUUGCAAGCUGAAGAGCUGUUGCGCUUGCAACAAGAGGAGCAACGGCGCCAAGAGCAGGAACGCUUAGCGUUGGCAAAUGAAAAUAAGGAAGCUGAGCACAACGCAGAGAAACCUCAAUUACCAAUUGUGGCGCCACCAAAAGAAACACUUGAUUCACUGAUUCUAUCACAAUACCAAACGGAUCCAGCUGCUACGCAUGAUAUACGCGAUAAGGAGAAAUAUACUGAUAAUCCAUAUUUAUUACGUUACGCGGGCGCUAAUGCCAACCAGAUCGGCAGCCCCAUAGCAACAACUGCCUACUAUCUAGGCGCACAGCAGAAACCCGUGCAACAACAGCAAAGCUAUGCCAGUCCCGGCGUUUACUAUCUGCGUGACGCCAAUGAGGGCUAUCUCAAAUUGGAUAAUCCCUACUUUUUGCAUUACAUAACCAAUAAACAGGGAGGCAAGGAUACGCUGGCAACAGCUGAUGCGGCAUCUUUGGCCUCUGCACUGGCUGCCUUACAUCAGGUGCAACAACAGCCAAUUGCUGCCAGUUUCGGCCAAAAACCAACUACACCAUUCAUUCCGAUUGCUCCGCUUGCGCCCAGUGCGCCAAUCACACCAAUAGCGCCAGCUGCACCCAUACUACCAAUUGCACCGAUCGCGCCGACUGCUGAGAAUAUGAAAAUUCUCUAUGGCAAUGAAGCCGCUUUGGCUGCUUUGGAAAAGGCGACACGGGAGCAUUUUCGCGCGCACGAAAUCGCCUUGGAACAGUUGCGUUUGGCCAGUCAGAAGCAGCCGCUGUCACAGAAGGAUUGCUAUUGAGCGCUUGAAGAGCACUACUCAAGCUUUUUGAUACUCCAAGACAUAUGAAGCUUUUUCAUGAAGGUUUCUUUAGAAUUAAUAAGAAUGAUAUACUUUUACACUGAAUUAUUUGCUGUAGGUAUUGUAAGUUGUAAUUUUAACAUUUUUGAUUUUGUAAUGUAAGAUGCAAAUAUUGAAAAACAAUAAAAAAGAGUUCCAUGGAAUACACUA